UCAUGCAUACUUUGCUUUCAUAUGCCACUGGCAAAACAGACUGGUGUAUAUCCUGAAAUUACACCUCCAAUAUUUUCAAAUCAAAUCGAAUCGAAUCAUGAGGUACUGAAAGAUUCACACUCCUAUUAAGUACUAUUUUCAAAUUCUGAUGAGAAAAAAUGGCAACAUUUGUUCGCAGACAUAUUAAGGCUACACUGUUAAAGCUCAUCUCUGCAUGCUGUAGUGUGUUUACAUUUGUCUGUCGCUCAGUGUUACAUAUUUUAUUUCUCUGACUGGUUGUACGGCUUUCCAAUUGCGUGCAGAAGGCUUUUGCUUCAUGGUUGUUGAUAGCGCCCAUUGAAAACUGAAAAUGAAUUGAGAGGUUCCCGACUAAUUCACUUUAGCAAGUUGGUUUGCUGAUUCUGUAGCCUGAACAAUUGUCCGCCUCUAUCUCAUACUAAUCAUUUGUCAGUGGAUUUUUUUGUGCAUUUUCAAACACAAAAAAGAAAACAUGCAGUGUGAACUAAGGACUCUCAAGCUCAGGAGGUCAAAUGGGUAGAGUAGUAAAAUAUAGCUAAAUUUCUGCAAUAUGUUGUCUUCAACAAAAUGUCUGAGAAAAGGUUCACAAAAUGCAACAUCAAAGACAGCCACCAGACCACCAGAGUCAUCACAACACUCACUUCCUGUAUUGCACCCUUUUGUGUGGGAGGCCUGGCCAGGUUUAAUCUUGACACACUUGACAAGUGUCACUUGCAGUAAUUUCAGUUUCAUUUAUUCUCAUAUACAUACACAGUAUACAGUUCAUUCCUUUUUUGUUGCCUUAGUAAAAUUAAAUUAAAGCUGUAUUUUAGAGUUAAGGAACCUAGAAGGUGACAAACAGCAGAUGCAGAUACUCACUGUCGGUCGAAUGGAGAAUUUUUGUAAAUAUUUGGGCUUCAACGGGACCUUUUCUCUGAUAUGUUGCAUAUUGUGGAUUUUCUCACCAGCAGAAGGAAAAACUAUCUCAAGGGUGGUUGGCAGCAGAGUGAUCCUGCACUGCAAGAACGAGACAAAAAGCACGCUCAGUCAGCUGACAUGGAAAAUGGACAAGGAUAUCUUAUUCACUUUCAACCCAAGUUUACCCCUAUAUGAGAGUUCAAAAGCUCACAACCUGACAAUAAAUAUGUCUCUGUUGGAGAGUAAACAGUACGCGCUGGUCAUAGACAGAGCCCAUCUGUCUCAUACAGGAAACUACACCUGUGAGAUCAAUACAAAAGAACUACUCGAAGAACAGAAGUGGGAGCUGAUAAUUACAGAGCCGGUGGAAAAUGGAAAUUCUGACAAGCUAAUGAUCGCCAUGGCAGCUACUGUUCCUUGUGCGUGUUGCCUGAUCUUUAUAAUUACUUUGGUCAUUCUGCUAAAAGUCCACAAACGUGCACAGGCUCAUUCACAGACUGCAGAAAUGGUAAAUAUAAAACAGGAGCGAGAAGAAGACAUAUAUGAAAACUGCUUGGAAACUAAUCAACGACGUGGCUAUAAUCAGCGUCAGCAUUACAAACCCAGGACUCACUGAUAUGAAACACAGUCCAAAAAUCCAAAAGGGAAGUGAGCACCUGUGUUUGAAAGAGUUCAUUUCAAUGGAAAAACCAUCUUUUCCGGAAUACAAAAACAUUUUUUUAACAUCCUCUGUCUGAAUUAUUCUCACUCUGAAUAACUUCUUUAAUCUUUUUUAAAUUUAUAGUUUAACAUACAAUUUUUAAAAGCUUUCUCAAUGAAUGUACUGUGUAUGAUGAGGGGGGGCAGCAAAACAAGCUGAACACUUGACAUAUUAUCACCUUGAGAGGUUAUAAUAAAAUGUGUUUGCUGACAGUUGCCUAUUUAUGUAUUUAUACAUUUUUUCCUCCUAAUAUCUGACUUUUUAGCUGCUAAAUGCUACACUUUGGCCCAAUUCGAUUUCUUUUUUCUUUUUUUUUAAACUCUACCCCUCAUUUUUGAAUGCAACCUUGCUCAUUUGAACAGAGUUAUAAGGGGUAGUGCUUAAAACACAUCAGUGUGCUGGCGUUUACAUAUACACAGAUGCUAUAAGUGUUGCAGGACAUUGCAAAUAUGCCAUCUUCUGCAGUGGACAGAAGACAGAAAAAUAAAAUAAUUGGUAAAAAGAGACUAAAAGGCUCUGUAUAGCUGGUAACUGAAAUAGACUGAUAAUUCUCUAUAGGAAUUUCUAUAUGAGCUACCUCUUUCGCAUCACACAAUUAUCUCAUCCAUAUGUGUGUGUGUGUGUGUGUGUGUAUUGCUUAGUGCAGCUUUUAGUUGUUGUAAAGGUCUUUGUUGACAGAUGAUGAUUAUGUUACAGAGGAGUUACAACUGGACAAUCACACUAGCAGUAUCUUCUUAAAAGAUACUGCAUGGGUUAACAGAACUUGAAGCCGCUGCAUUCAUCAUUCAUGGUAACACAUUUGUCAUAGAUGCCCAAGAUUGUGGACUUAGUAUAACCUUAGCCCACAUAAGGAUGUUUAGUCAUUUCCUGUGUACUUUACCUUAAAAUAAAUUGCAGUGAUGCAGUCGGCGAUGAUGGGGUUGGCAGUAUGUUUGUCAUCCUGAGACUUAGUUAAAAUUUGAUUAUAGGCCAACCGGUUUUGAGUAUAAUCGUCAAUGAAAUUGCAUUUUUAUGUUCAAAACCAAUGAGCAUUUGAAAUGAAAUUCAACUAUGAAUUACCAAACAAUAAACUGCAGCUGUGAGUAAAAGAACAAAUAAAUGAUAAGGAGGCAACAAAGAAUGAAAGAACUGAGGAUCAACAAAGGUUCAACAGUUCAAGAGUAUAAUAUAUAUAUAUUAAUAUUUGGUAAUAGUGGUUAACCUCAUAUUCAAUAAAGGUAUGGAAUCUUUUUUCUUUCUUCUUUGUAUUUUUUGUUUGUUCGUAUUUUUGUUUGCUCAUGCUUG